UCAGUGGUGUCACUGCGCUCCAGGUCUCCGGCUCACCGGCAGCUGCCUCUCAUGAAGAACCUCCACGGCUCAGCGGCGUCCCAGCAUGCAGCGGGGGCUGGGGGUCCGCCGUAGGAGCUCAGCCGCCCUCCCCCAGCACAGCGCCCCCUGCUGGUCCUACUCCCAUGCCAAACCGGCCCACUGUUCUCCAGAUGAAUCCCUGCGGUGGUGAGGGCCAGCCGCAGACCCCCGCCCCCCCCGGCGGCGGUCCGUCCUCCAUCGGCCACGGCCAGAGGACGUCCAGCAGCAGAGCCAGAGGCGGCCGUCCCUCUGAGAGAGACGAUGGACUCAGAGCUGACGUCUCAUCUGGUCCCUCAAACCCCACGAAGACGUCCAGGACACACAACCAGCUCCACAAGGAGCUGCUGCUGGCCCACAAGAAGGGUCUGGCUCUCAGCAGCCGGUCGGAGCUGCAGCAGGUGCUGGAGAGGAGGAAACGGGUGCAAAGUGACCAAACAACGGAACGCCAGAGCAGGACUCCUCUGGAGGACGAGCUGCUCAGACGCCAGCAGAAGCAGCAGAAGGAGCUGCAGCACCCUGAGGAGGGGCGGGCCGAGGCCCAGCUGAUGGAGUUUGUUCGAGUCCGACAGAACCUGAGAAAGAUCCACUCGGUGAUCCAGGACAAGGCUGCGAAUCCCUGA